AUGCUAAAAUUAGUCAUUUUGUGCUUCGCGUUGUUCUACAAUACAGUCAGUUCGACAAGAUUUCUGUUUGGCGUCGAAGUUAAGUGUGAUUUUGAUGAAGUGUUCCAAUUAACAGUGUCGCAUUGGGAAGACGAUGGCAAUACUUUUUGGGAUCGCGAUGAAGACAUCACUGGACGUAUGACUAUGUUUGCUCGAAAGAAAAUAUUUUUCUAUCAGGACGGCCAUCAUGGAUUUGAAUUUGGAAAGCUCGAGCCUUAUGGGUGGUUUCUGCACAAUUGCACGAAAAAUGGAAAUUUUCGCGAGUAUAGGCACGGGUUGAGUAGCACCAGUGGAUCCAAUGGGUUGGAGUAUAUUGAGUACACUAUGUCUGAAUUUCUGAAAAUUGUCAGAGCUAACAAAAAAUCGGACAGAAAACUCGAUAAGACCUACUUGUGGGAAUCCUAUUUACAUCAGUUCGAGAAAGGAAAAACUUCUUUCAUUCCAGUUGAAGCAUUCAAUCGUAACCUUACAGUUAAUUUUAACGAAUGCGUGAAGGAAGGAGUUAUCUUCGAAACAGUGGUCCAUGAUUAUGACAAGAACUGCGAUUCGAUUCAAGUCAGAUGGUUUGCACGAAUUGAAAAAGUUUGCGGAUACAGAGUUCUGGCUCAGUUUAUCGGAGCUGACACGAAAUUUUGGCUCAAUAUUUUAUCGGACGAUAUGUUUGGUUUGGCAAACGCCGCAAUGAGUGAUCCCAAUAUGGAUAAAAUUGUAUAUGCUCCGCCGCUUGCAAUCAACGAAGAAUACCAAAAUGAUAUGGUAAAUUAUGUAAAUAAUUGCAUUGAUGGCGAAAUCGUCGGCCAAACUUCGCUGUCUCCAAAAUUCGAUGAAGGGAAGGCUCUCCUAAGCAAGCAUCGUUUCAAAGUUGGACAACGUCUUGAACUAUUAAAUUAUUCCAAUUCUACUGAAAUACGCGUAGCGCGAAUUCAAGAAAUAUGUGGACGACGAAUGAAUGUAUCUAUCACAAAGAAAGACUUUCCCGAAUCGCUUCCAGAUGCAGAUGACGACAGACAAGUCUUUAGCUCUGGAUCUCAAUAUUGGAUAGACGAGGGAAGCUUCUUCAUAUUUCCUGUUGGAUUUGCAGCAGUCAAUGGAUAUCAACUAAAUGCGAAAAAGGAAUAUAUUGAGCACACAAAUAAAAUUGCUCAAGCAAUAAAAAAUGGAGAAAAUCCAAGAUAUGACUCAGACGACGUCACAUUUGAUCAAUUAGCAAAAGAUCCAAUUGAUCCCAUGAUUUGGAGAAAAGUUAAGGUUGGACAAAAGUUUGAGCUCAUCGACCCCUUGGCUCAGCAAUUCAAUAACCUCCACGUCGCUUCGAUUCUCAAAUUUUGCAAAACUGAAGGAUAUCUUAUUGUGGGAAUGGAUGGUCCAGAUGCACUUGAAGACAGUUUUCCUAUUCAUAUCAAUAAUACAUUUAUGUUCCCAGUUGGUUAUGCGGAAAAGUAUAAUUUGGAACUUGUUCCGCCAGAUGAGUUCAAAGGAACAUUCAGAUGGGAUGAAUACUUGGAGAAAGAAUCUGCAGAAACCCUACCGCUUGACUUGUUCAAGCCAAUGCCUUCCCAAGAGAGAUUAGACAAAUUUAAGGUAGGACUACGCCUUGAAGCUGCUGACAUGUGUGAAAAUCAGUUUAUUUGUCCAGCUACAGUGAAAUCAGUUCAUGGAAGACUGAUAAAUGUCAAUUUCGACGGCUGGGAUGAAGAAUUUGAUGAACUGUAUGAUGUGGACUCCCAUGAUAUUCUACCGAUAGGAUGGUGUGAAGCGCACAGUUAUGUUCUACAACCUCCGAAAAAGUACAACUAUUGA